AGACCCGGGUCCCCUCCCCACCCAGCCCGAGCCCCUGCGCUCCGGUGGGGAUCUCUGCCGUGGGAACUCCAGGCCCCGCCGAGCUGCGCCCGGAAAGGGCCCAGGGAGGGCGGAGCUCCUGAUCCCGGAGGUCUCUCCUGCUUAGCCCUUGGAAGCCCCGCCCUUCGAAAGAGAUGGCAGGGGCCUGAUCUGCAUCCAUCCGCGGACUCCGCCGGUCCUGCCCAUGGGCCCGGAGAGACCUGCCCUGCCAACGGAAACGCCAGGGCCGCGAUGGCGGCGGACGUCGAGGGGGACGUGUACGUGCUGGUGGAGCAUCCCUUCGAGUACACGGGCAAGGACGGGCGCCGCGUGGCCAUCCAGCCCAACGAGCGCUACAGGCUGCUGCGCCGAAGCACGGAGCACUGGUGGCACGUGCGGCGCGAGCCCGGCGGUCGCCCCUUCUACCUGCCCGCGCAGUACGUGCGCGAGCUGCCGGCGCUCGGGGACCCGGCCACCACCUCCACGCCACCCGCGCUCCGCCCGGGGCCCGUGGCCCCGGAACCGCUCGCCUACGACUACCGCUUCGUGAGCGCGCCGGUGUCCGCGGGCCCCGACGGCACGCCCGCCGAGCCCCGGGGCCGCGUGGGCUCCCUGUGCGGCCCCGCGCGGCGCGGCGCCGCCACCCAGCGCAGCAGCCUGGCGCCGGGCCUGCCCACCUGCUUGUACACGCGGCCCGCGGCGCCCGUGCGGCCAGCCCAGUCCCUGGACGACCUGGCGCGCGCCGCCGUCGCGCCCCCUGCCGGCCUCCUCGGGAGCGCGGGCAGCUUCAAGGCCUGCAGCGUGGCGGGCUCCUGGGUGUGCCCGCGACCCCUGGCGCGCAGCGACUCCGAGAACGUCUACGAGGUCGUCCAGGACGUGCGCGGCCCGCCACGGGAGGAGCGCCCGCAGCAGGUGGACGACCCCUCUGAGCCCGUGUACGCGAACGUAGAGCGGCAGCCUCCGGCCACUUCGCCCGGCGCCACCGCGGCCCCCCGCCCCCAGGCGUGGGAGACGCACACGGACGCGGGCACCGGGCGCCCCUACUACUACAACCCGGACACGGGCGUGACCACCUGGGAGUCGCCCUUCGAGGCUGCUGAGGGCGCCUCCAGCCCGGCCACCUCCCCGACCUCGGUGGGCAGCCGCGAGAGCCUCGAGACAGACUGGGGCCAGUACUGGGAUGAGGAGAGCCGCAGGGUGUUCUUCUACAACCCGCUGACGGGCGAGGCCGUCUGGGAGGACGAGCCCGACGACGAGCCCGAGGACGACCUGGAGAUGCAGCCGGGACUGAGCCCGCUCAGCCCCAGGGACCAGAGGCCCCCUACCCCUGAGACGGACUACCCCGAGUCGCUGACCAGUUACCCCGAGGAGGACUAUUCCCCCGUGGGCUCUUUCAGUGAGCCACGGUCCGCCUCUCCCUUGGCCACGCCCCCCGGCUGGUCUUGCCACGUGAGCCCCGAGGGGCAGACGCUCUACACCAACCACUUCACCCAGGAGCAGUGGAUGAGGCUGGAGGACGAACGCGGGAAGCCCUACUUCUACAACCCAGAUGACGACUCGGUUCAGUGGGAGCUGCCCCAGGUUCCUGUCCCUGCCCCUCGAAGCAUCUGCAAAUCCAGCCAGAACAGUGAGACCCCAGCCCAGGCCAGCCCCCCUGAGGAGAAGAUCAAGACCCUGGACAAGGCCGGUGUGCUGCAUCGCACCAAGACGGUGGACAAAGGAAAGCGGCUCCGGAAGAAGCACUGGAGUGCCUCCUGGACGGUGCUGGAGGGUGGCAUCCUGACUUUCUUCAAGGACUCCAAGGCCUCAGCUGCAGGCGGCCUGAGGCAGCCUCCCAAGCUCUCCACGCCUGAGUACACAGUGGAUCUGAGGGGGGCCUCUCUCUCCUGGGCCCCCAAAGACAAAUCUAGCAGGAAGAAUGUGCUGGAGCUACGGAGCCGAGAUGGCUCAGAGUACCUGAUCCAGCACGACUCAGAGGCCAUUAUCAGCACCUGGCACAAGGCCAUCGGCGAGGGCAUCCAGGAGCUGUCCGCAGACCUGCCCCCGGAGGAGGAAAGCGAGAGCAGCAACGCGGACUUCGGGUCCAGGGAGCGCCUGGGAAGCUGGCUGGAGGGUGAGGCGCGGCCCACUGCAGGCGCAGCCACCGCGGAGAGCGACCUGAGCAAGGUCCGGCACAAGCUCCGCAAGUUCCUGCUGAGGCGGCCCACGCUGCAGUCGCUGCGGGAGAAGGGCUACAUCAAAGACCAGGUGUUCGGCUGCGCGCUGGCCGCGCUGUGUGAACGCGAGAGGAGCUCGGUGCCGCGCUUCGUACAGCAGUGCAUCCGCACCGUCGAGGCCCGGGGUACGCGCGGCGCCCGGAGGCCUCCCUCCGGGGCCGCUUGGCGGAGAGCCCUGGGCGGGCGCAGGGCGGCGGAGGGAGAACGGGAGCCCCUGGGUAGGAGCCAUAGCGGGAGCUUUAGACCCAUCCCACCAAACCCGAGGUCAGCGCCUCCGUCUGCCCCAGGGCUGGACAUCGACGGCCUGUACCGCAUCAGUGGAAACCUGGCCACCAUCCAGAAGCUGCGCUAUAAGGUGGACCACGAUGAGCGCCUGGACCUGGAGGACGGGCGCUGGGAGGACGUCCACGUGAUCACCGGCGCCCUGAAGCUCUUCUUUCGAGAGCUGCCGGAGCCCCUCUUUCCCUUCUCGCACUUCCGCCAAUUCAUCGAGGCCAUCAAGCUGCCGGACCAGGCCCAGCGCGGCCGCCGUGUGCGGGACCUGGUGCGCUCGCUGCCCGCCCCCAACCACGACACGCUGCGGCUGCUCUUCCAGCACCUGUGCCGGGUGAUCGAGCACGGCGAUCAGAACCGCAUGUCCGUGCAGAGCGUGGCCAUAGUGUUCGGGCCCACGCUGCUGCGGCCCGAGGCUGAGGAAACCAGCAUGCCCAUGACCAUGGUGUUCCAGAGUCAGGUGGUGGAGCUCAUCCUGCAGCGGUGUUCAGACAUCUUCCGGCCGCACUGACAGCCGACCCCACCCUCACCCCCGACGCUGGCGCUGCGGACCUGGGACUGGGGACCGCGACAGGGGUCCCACCAUAGAAGCUGGACGGUUGGAGGCAGCUUGGCCAAACUCUUAUCUGUGAGACCCGCCGCUUCCCAUCGGUCCGCAGGCGGAUGUGAAAUCUGCGCCGCUGGGUGCAGUAUGGUGACCCCUGGUGGGCAGUUUGCAAAAUGUGAUUCCCCCCGCACCCCACCCCCCCUCACCCACCGCCCUGGCCUGUCUUGUUUGGGGCUUCGUUGGGUUUGGUUCUUUAUUACAUAGACACCUACUGUGUGUGUGUGUGUGUGUGUGUGUGUGAGAGAGAGAGAGAGAGAGAGAGAGAAUUGUGGGGGGUGAGUUUGAUUUCCCAGAUGGGCCAUGCCCCAGGGGAGGACUUGGGGUGAGGGGCUUCUCAGCUUUUUCAGGCCUGCACCUGGUCAGGCCUUCAAGGACGCCCUCCCUGUGGGGCCCCGGCCCUGUGUGGGUCAUGAAGCAGCAACAUACACCUUCCUUCCUUCCCCGCUGCCCUGCCUUGCCUCAGGCGCAGCUCCUGCCUGACUCUCAGUGGCUGACUGUGGGCCAUUUUCAUCUGCUUCCCUGAUCCAGGCCUCUGCCCUCCCUGAUCCACUCGUGUUCUGAGCAAGGGUUCUCCAUAUUCGCUAAGCGCAUACCCUGAGCUGGCCACCUGCCAUGCACCGUUUCCACACACAGUCCCGUUGUACAAAUGAAGAAACCGAGGCAGAGGCAAAGUGACUUGUUCAGGGUCCCGUGGGGGUGAUGGGUCGGACUGCCCAGCUCAGGCUCCUCUCGCAGCACAGCACAGCCUCCCAGGAGGCCCUUUCCUCCAAGCUAUCCCUCUCCUCCAAACCCCAUCUUGGGCUUACGGGGAAAGCCAAAGAAAUGAAGGUAGGCUCUGUCUGGGCCUUGGGAGACCCUCAGGGCAGAGGGGAAACCCGCCCCAGCUGGGGGAGGGGGAAUUAGCACUGGCAACGGAUCCCCAGCCCCUCUCAGCGCCCUGGCCGCCCGGCACGCCUGCCUGGCGCCCACCUGGUCAUAAAGAGCUGGGAGAGGCCUGCAGGGUUGGGGGAAGGGGUGGGUACAGCCUCUGGAAAGGGAGCGUGAGCCCCAGGGGCAGCAAUGCCCUCUCCCUCCUCAUACACAAACCACCUCAGUUUGUGGGUCUCGCCCCACCCUCCACCCCCCUCCCCAGCUACGGUUCAUUUCUUCGACAAACAAUAGGAACUGAUAUUUAUUGACAUUUGCGCCACGCCAAGCAUUUCACCCGGAUCGUCUCAGUUUCUCACAGCCAAUAUUUAUUGUCUGCUCCUCCGCGCCGGGCACUGUGCGCUGGGGCGGGGGUGCCACCCACGCCACCGCUCUGGUGGAGCACCUGGCCCGGUGGCCGACCCAAGCCCACCUCACAUGCCAGCAGGGCCGGGACAAGAGUACAAACGGAGGCCUCACCCCAUGCAUCGAAAUAUUGUAAAGUUACAAAUCAAGAUAUAACUGUUAAAUAAAAAUAUGUUCUAUUCUCCUA